UCGGUCUUUUAUCUCAGAAGUUGAAGGUCCCCCUAGAGCCAGCUGCAAGGUUCCCAAAGCUCUAAGAACACCACAGCCCACGAAGUACAGAGUAGGCUGCCCUGAGUCCGUGUCCCAAAACACAAAGUCCAGGGGUUGGAUCAGGAGCAGAAGAAGAAGAAUGGAAGCGACACCACCCAGAUGCCUGUUUCUGUUAUUUCUCUUCACGUGCAAGCUGUCCCCAGAUGUUGCUGCAGAAAUUCAAGAAUCCUCAGAUGGCUCCAGUGCUCCCCAGGAACCUGUGCGGCUCACGGGUGUCCCAGCUGCCAUGGAAUUCAUUGCUGCUGCUGAGGUGGCUGUCAUAGGCUUCUUCCAGGAUUUAGAAAUACCAGCAGUGCCCGUCUUCCAUGGUGUGGUGCAAAAAUUCCAAGACGUGUCAUUUGGAAUCAGCACUGAUCCUGAGGUUCUGGCUCACUACAACAUCACUGAGAACACCAUUUCUCUCUUUCGUCUGGUGGAUAAUGAACAACUGAAUUUAGAGAGUGAAGACAUUGAAAACAUUGAUGACACCAGAUUAAGCCGUUUUAUUGAGAUCAACAGUCUCCACUUUGUGACAGAGUACAAUCCUGCGACUGUGAUUGGCCUAUUUAAUAGCAUGGUUCAGAUUCAUCUUCUCCUGAUGAUGGACAAGGCCUCCCCAGAGUAUGAAGAAAGCUCGCACAGAUACCACAAGGCAGCUAAGCUCUUCCAGGGGAAGAUACUUUUUAUUCUGGUGGACAGUGGUGUGAAGGAAAAUGGGAAGGUGAUAUCAUUUUUCAAACUAAAGAAAUCUGAACUGCCCGCUUUGGCAAUUUACCGGACUCUAGAUGAGGAGUGGGAUACACUGCACGUGACAGAAGUUUCAAUAGAGGGCGUGCAAAACUUUUGUGAUGGAUUCCUAAAAGGGAAAAGGCUGAGUGAAAAUCAUGACUCAGAAGAAAAGACUCAAAAGGUGGAACUCUAAUUUUCCCCCAAUACUUCCGCAUACCAACAAGCAUCUACUUCAUGCUGAAUGAAGAGGGGCAACUCAAACCUCAGGGACACUAAACAACAAAAUCACCAGGUCCUACACACACACACACACACACACAUACACACACACACACACACCUCCAUUUUGUUCCUUAAAAUCUCAUUUAUUCUCCUUGUCCUUUCUUUUAAUUUGCCUAUAUUCUCUCACUACCCGUGCAAUUUUCUCUUAUGCAUUCAUACCAUGUAAACCCAAACGCUGUAGUACCACUAUGAUACCACUGGGUGGAGGCUUUAAGAGGAAUACAUACUGUGACACCAGCAUGAAGAGACAUGGCUCAAAGGAAAUUGUCCUGAUUUGUCAUUUAAUAUUGAACUUGGACACUGCACAUGACCUACACACAACAUAGUUUCUUCUCUAUAAGGGUUGAAACUCUACUUUCCUCAUAAGCACCUAUCCCCCUGGGCCCAAGAACAAAAGGGUUUUACACACCUUUGUGGAACUGUCUUUUUGCCAGGAGUCAAAUGAUGUUCCCAAGGUUCUGAACUCAGCAGAAACAGACCAUGUAAAAGUCUUUGCUUGUUUUGUGUUCCCAACUCCCCAUGUAAAUCAACAACUGCAUAAUAAAUAAAAGGCAAUGAUGUUAUAGGAAAA